AUGAAUGAAAAAACCUUCACUGCUGCUGCUCGGCGUUAGCCAGCUAGCUAGCUAACAGCAUGUCAGCAUAACGGCUCAGCUUGCUAUUAACGUUAGACGAUCCUCACGUCCCGAUGCCCAGAAAUCACUGCAGAGAUGACAAAACACUGACUCUGCCCCUGCUGUAUAUAACAUCUGUUGUGCUCUGAGUUUUAACUGAGCCAGCCGAUAGUUUGGUGAUGGACAGCUUCAAAGGGAAAUGUGAAGCGUAACAGUUGGGUUUCAUGUCAACAGACCCAACAGCUGCGCAUCUGCUCAAAGUUAAAGGUAUUUCAUGUUUGCAAUCUUAACAGACCUCGUCGGCCGGUCCUCAGUGUAGUUAUGUGUGUGGCUAGCUGGAUGGCACACUGCGUGCUGCCUCAGUAGGUGCCUGCCGCAGCAGGCUCCUCUGGAUGAUCCUACCAGUCAGCUCCACGUUGUCUGGAGGAGGGAGUUAAAAAAGAAUUGAGUUUCAGCUGAUACAAUUUGAAGAAGAGCAACAGUUCCUCCUUCUCGCAUCCUUCCCUCUCUGUUCACAAUCUACAAAGCUUAACUUGCCACAGCUGAAAGGGAGGCAUGACAUAUCUGUAGGCUGCUUCGAGUUCAGGAUGGCUGAAGGAUAAAAUCCAAGACGUCACAUUCCCUCAACCCAAACUGACCCCACUUUCCCCUUUUUUUACUUUCAGCCUCCCCUUGUUUGACUCUUUGUUUCCUAUCUCAGCUCAUUUCCCUGUCUAUAUGGGAUUUCAUGGAAUGCAUGCAUUCCAUAGUAAGAACAUGUAAAUUAAUUUGAAAUUAGACAAUCCUCUCCUGACACCCUCCUGAGCAAAUGACAGGAUGCCCCUCAAAUUUGAAAAAAUUACAGUGUGAUCGGUAUCGACCUUCUGCCCAUCUGAGAUUGCCACCUCAGUCUGUCGGAUUCUCACUCUGGUUCCAUCACUUGUUCCCUAUCUGCAGCCUUUUCCACAACCCAAUCUCUUUUCUAGUGUCAUUGGGCCAUGGUUCGCAAGAAAGGUUCCCUUAUACUAUGUGGUGCUUUCCUGUUUGUCGCCUGGAAUGCUUUGCUUCUUCUUUAUCUUUGGGGUCGUCCUCCCAUCGGCCGUCUCGGAGAAGGUGGUGGAGCUGAACCAGGAGGAAAGGAGGAGUGGGACGUGGGCAGAGGGAAAGGAGACCAGGUCAACCUGGCUGGGGAGGUGAUUCGACUGGCAGAGGAGGUUGAAAUUCAGCUUGAAACCCAGAAAAAGCUGCUGAAGCAGAUUGAAAGUCACAGGGCAGUGUGGGCUCAGCAGAAAGAUGUCGGGAAAAGAGAAACAGAGGAUACAAAAGAAGUCAAACAAGAGGUUGUCCACCAGCCGCAGAAGCCUCCACUUUCUCUUGGGGACAGUGUGCAUGAUAGGCACCAAACUCACGUGAAGCAUACACAGAAGCCUGUUCAUACAGUACCUACAGGCUCUAAGGUAGAACAGCACCAGGCCAUUGAAAUAAAGGAAGGGAUUGGUGAGAACCAUAAACUGGCCACUUCUGUUGCCAGCCCAGAGGUCAUUAUUCCCAUAUUAGUUAUUGCUUGUGACAGAGUGACGGUAAAACGCAGCCUCGACAGACUGAUACAGUACCGCCCCUCUCCAGAACUAUAUCCAAUCAUUGUCAGCCAGGACUGUGGCCACGCUGAGACAGCUCGUGUGAUUGGCUCAUAUGGAGAUCAAGUGACGCACAUAAGCCAACCGGACCUGUCAGACAUCAGAGUUCGGCCAGAGCACAGAAAAUUCCAGGGCUACUACAAAAUAUCCAGACAUUACCAGUGGGCACUUAACCAAGUGUUCAACACGUUCUCCCAGUCCACUGUGGUCAUAGUGGAGGAUGACUUGGAGGUGGCUCAGGACUUCUUUGAGUAUUUCCGAGCCCUGUACCCAAUCCUGCGCGCUGACCCCACCCUGUGGUGCGUUUCUGCAUGGAAUGACAACGGCAGAGACGCCUUGGUGGAUCCGUCCAAAGCCGAGCUCCUCUACAGAACAGACUUCUUCCCUGGUCUGGGCUGGAUGCUACUGAAGGAGAUGUGGGAUGAACUGGAACCCAAAUGGCCCUCAGCCUUCUGGGACGACUGGAUGCGUCAGCCAGAGCAGCGCAAGGACCGCUCCUGCAUCCGGCCUGAAAUCUCCCGGACCAUCACCUUUGGCCGGAAAGGUGUCAGUUUAGGUCAAUUCUUUGACCAGUACCUUCGUUAUAUUAAGCUAAACACUGAAUUUGUGCCUUUUACUAAACAGGAUUUGUCUUAUCUGCUAAAAGAGAAGUAUGAUGAAAAGUUUAUAAAAGAGGUUUACAGUGCCCCACUGGUGAAGAUUGAGGACCUACAACAAGCGGGCAGCUUAAAAGGCCCUGGUCCCUACAGGGUGGAGUACUCAAGCCGGGACAGUUUUAAAGUCUUUGCUCGAAAUCUAGGGGUGAUGGACGACUUGAAAUCUGGAGUUCCUCGUACAGGUUACAGGGGCAUAGUCAGUUUCCUGUAUCGGGGUCGAAGGGUAUGCUUGGCUCCACCAGAGGGCUGGACGCAGUAUGACAUCAGCUGGAGCUGAGAGACUGAUACAGACUGUACAAUGUGAAUGGUGUUGAAGAGGGGAGAGAGUCUUACUCAGAGGAACACCCUCUCAGACCAAAGAAAAUCAGAAGACACAGUGGUUCAUGAAGGAACAAAAGCAACACAGAUGGGGCUGCACAUCAAUGGAGCUAGGGGAUCAGGGGUUCACCCAGGCCUCUUUGUUCGAAACGCUUCUAAAAUAGGGUGCUCAUUCAGGAUCAGCAAGUUCAACAGCCACACAGACUUCACAAAGAGUUUAAACUUUUAGCCACUCUUAAACACUGUUUCAAAACAGCUAUUGGCAAUGUGCCUUGCUUUCUGGGCCCACUUUGUUUGGUGUAUUUUUUAUUCCUGUGAAUUACUGGCCAAAUGUAGACUUAACAUACAUUCAGAUGUCUGCUGCAGCUGUAAAUGGAGUUUGGUAGCAGAAAAUCCUUUGAGUUGUCAACAGAAAGAGCAUGUUUCAGUGUUGGUGAUUAUACAGUGAAGACCAAACACAAGAAGAGUGAUUAUCUGGAGGACUUGUGAGAAACAUAGUGUUAUGUGUAAAAUCUUGGGUCGUCUCUUCACAUUUAGUAAAGUUUUUGAAAGAAGCUGUUGAGAUUGAUCCAACUCUCCAGAUCAUGUUACUGUUGAAGUCUAUAAACUAAUGAGGAGCAGAUUUGUGUGCAGAGGAAAAGCCUCUACAAUGUUUUAGGUGGUACACAAAGGCCAUGCCCAGUGCUGCAUUCAUUACAUGAAGUCAUAGCCCUGAUGGUUAAAAUAAAGAUGAAAAGCUUCUUCAGCAAUUAUACAGAGAGAAGGAAAUGCAGAAGAAGCAGAGACAUCAACUUCUUAAAUUACAGUAGCCCUGAUCCAGGACCAACAAACUCUUAACUGGGACAUUUCAGUCCAGAGUAGCUCAUACAGUUUGUUACGGUAAUGUUGAAAAUACCAGAUCGUAAGACACCUAUAUGGUGUGGUCAAAUGGUGUCAGGUGGGUGUAAAACAACCAGAAACAUAAUCAGUACAAACCAUGCAGCAUUUCUUUGUCACUCAUCUCUGGAGUGCUGAAAAUAGCUGUUUUAUUCAGUGCUAUUGCUGUAAUAUAGUAAAAGUAAUAAAGUACAACUUAUUUAUAGUGAUUCUCAAAGACAAAGGUCACAAAGUGCUUUACAAGGGCAACAUGCAACUUACAAGAAAGACAACGUAGCAGAUAAAGUGACUACUCAUCAACAACAGCGCAGUGGUAUUAAAAUAGACAUAAAAUAGAUUAAAGUAAGUCCAUAAAUAGGAAUUAAAAAUCAAAUUAAAAUAAAAUUGCCCAUUUCUCAGUCCAGUUGUGGCUAAUGUGCUGUGUGUAAGUUUGUGUGUGACUGGAUUCAGGAGGUAUUAAACAGUCUUAUUGCGGUGGAGAUGAAGGAUCUCCUGAAACGCUCUGUUCUGCAACACAGUGAGAUGAGCUGCUACAGCUGCUCCUCUCUCGCUCCAGGAGGCUGUGGAGAGGGUGUUUGCUAUUGUCCAUUAUGGCUUUCAGUUUGUUCAAUGUGCCCCUCACCACCACAGUUCUUAGUGGGUCCAGUCUCCUGCUGAGCACUGAGCCAGCUUUUUUAACCAACUUGUCCAAUCGCUUGGUGUUUUUGUCAAGCAGCCUCCCCAGCACACUGCAGCGUAGAAGAGUGCACUAGCCACCAUUGUGUGAUAGAACAUGGUCAGCAUCUCCACACAUACAUCAAAGGACCUCAGUGUCCGCAGGAAGAACGCGCAGCUCUGCCCCCUCCUGUGGAGGGCGUCAGUGUUAGAAGACCAGACCAGCUUCUCAACCAAGAGGACCCCCAGAUAUAUAUAGGUGUGCACCACCUCAAUGUCCUCCCCCUGUAUGGAGACUGGCUGAUGGGAUGACCUCUUCCUUCUGAAAUCCACCACCAUCUCCUUGGUUUUGGCUGUGUUCAGAUGGAGACAGCACUUACUGCACCAGUCCUUGAAGGCAUCCACAAGGUCACUGUACUCCUGCUCCUGAUAUAAGCCACAAUAGCUGUGUCAUCAGAGUAUUUUUGUAUGUGGUAGGACUCUGAGUUGUACUUAAAGUCCACUGUGUUGAGUGCAAACAGGAACAGUGCUAAAACAGUUCCCUGUGGAGCACCCGUGCUGCUCCUGACCAUCCUGGAGACACAGCUUCCAAGCUUGACAUACUGCACGCAGUGUCCUGAGCUCCGCCCUCACCUCGUCUGCUGUAAAGGACAGUGGUAGUUGGUCGUGGGUGGUAGGUUACUUCCAGGUGACAGCGGAGCAGGAGCAGCAGCAGCAGCAGCAGCAGCAGCAGCAGCAGCAGCAGCAGCAGCAGCAGCAGGUGACACUGUGAAAGGGGGGAUGAAUGCAGUGGUAGGGUGAACACUGCACCAUCCAUAACCUGGCAGUUCUUCUUCGAAUAGCCUAUCAGGUUCCUCUUUCUCUUCCACGCCUGUCUGAUGUUCUGCUGCAGCUUACUCUCCACCUCUCUUUUGUAGUCCACCUUUGCCUGUCUCAGUUUCUCCUUGAGCUCAUACUGAAGCUCCCUGAGCCUCUCCUUGUCCCCCUUCUUGAACGCCAACUUUUUCUGGUUGAGGAGCUGCUUGAUAUUAUUGUUAACCCAGGAUUUAAUACUGGGCAAGCAGCGUACAGUCUUUAAUGGCAUCACAGUGUCCCUACAGAAGUGUAUACAUUUUGCCAGACUGUCCACCCUCUUGUCCAUGUCCAUGUUGUUGUCCUGUGGCUCCAGUACAGUCCAGGCUGUAAUUCAGAACAGUCCCUAAGAGACUCACUGGUCUCCGGGGACCACUUCCUGACUGAGUGGGUGUUAACAGGCCAACUUUAAUACACAGGGUUUGUGUGUUUGACAAUGUGUGAAAACUCCUGUGGUACAUAAUACGGUCUAAGACUGACUGCCAACAGUUCAUUAUCCUGACAACAGAUCUUGUCCUCCACCGUGACAUGUCCAGGAUGACACCAUUUAUUGUUUACAAGGAUGAUCAAUCCCCCACCUCUGUUUUUGCCGCUCGCCUUUGUGUCCCUGUCCACUCGCACAGUAGAGAAGCAAGGUAGAUUCACACAGGAGUUAGGCAUGUUGUCAUUCAGCCAACUCUCCAUGAAACACAUGAGACUACACUCCCUGUAAAGUCGUCGGUUUCUCACCAGUGCCAGCAGCUCAUCACACUUGUUGAAGAGCGAGUUGACAUUCCCCAUAAAGACCGACAGCAGGAAAGGCUUCUAUCUCCACCUCCUAGCCUUUGCCUUAGUUCCUGAACUCUGAACGGCUUCCUCAGCUCAGCCAGUAUGGGAUGUUUAACUCUUCUCAGAGCAGAUGAUUGUCCUUUGUUUACACAACUUUACUCAUCUCGUUGGACAGAUUAAUAAUCAUUAAAAACAAAAACACACUCAAAUAUGACUCAAAAACAUUAUCAACACAAAACAAUCACCUGCAUAAGAGGACAUUAGAAUAUCAUUUGAAACUCUCAGAAGAGCAGUUUUAGUGGAGUGCUGUUUCUGAAACCCUGACUAAAACUUACUGUUGCCUCCCCAACACAGCUGUAAGUUGAGUGGCCACAUCCUCCUCCAAAAAAUGUUGUUAAUUUUUCUUUAAUAUAGGCUGGAAGGUAAUAUGGCAUCUGUACUAGUGGUAGCACUGAGCACACAGUGCACUCCAGUUAAUGAGCAAGGAAGAUAUCUUGUGGCAUCUUUGACUAAACAUAGUUUGUAUCGACCGUAAUGGAAAAGACCUUUCUUUGUCGAGUAAUCAUGUGUUGUUACUUAACAUCAGCCUGAUGACAUUUUCCCCCUAGUUUACAGAUAGCGUAGAAGAUUACCUACCUUCAGGUGAGUUUGCAUUUUUAACAUUCUUUGUAUAACACAUCUGGUCAUUAGAAUAAGCUUUAUUGGCCAAGUAUGUGUACACAUACAAGAAAUUUUGUAUGUGGUUGGUAUGGUUUUAAGUUGCUCUCAGUGUCCCUCCACACAGCUCCAAGAACAGUUUACAGGAAGAUGUUAACAACAAGGAUAACUAGAAGGCAGCUAGGCGAGUGCAGACCACUGCCAAGGCCAAAUGCCUUAUCUUGCAGUGUUAAUGAAAUUUAAAUAAUAAUAAAUAAUAAUUUGUGUAUCUACUCUGUGAUUUGGAGCCACUCCAAAAUUUGAUGGGUUUUUCUUGCUUGGCCCAUGCUAUCAUGCUAUACCCUUCCACCAAGUUUGCCUGUAGUUUUUCCCUAAUUCUGCUGACAAAAAAAAAAAAAA